CGUAAUCUGGGUGAUUUGACCGUUUGUUCCCAGGGUGACAGCUGGCCGGUGAUACCGGUAGUUGAACAGCAGUAACAGGUAAAUAUGCCGGUUCCUAUAAAGGGAGGACCAUCGUUGUAAUCUGUAGAUGACUUAACAAACCGGUACCAGUCCGUCCAGCCGCUGUCGUAAACGGACCAUUAGCUUACCGGGCCAUUAUGUGGGUCUUCGGUUACGGCUCCCUGAUUUGGAAAGUGGACUUCCCGUACGAGGAGAAGAGAGUCGGUUACAUAAAGGGCUUCAGCCGCCGGUUCUGGCAGGGAAGCACCGAUCACCGUGGAGUACCGGGAAAGCCCGGUCGUGUUGUUACUCUGGUAGAGGAUCCUGAGGGGUGCGUUUGGGGCGUGGCCUACAAGCUGCCGACAGGGCAGGAGCAGGAAGUCAAACGCUACCUCGACUAUCGCGAAAAAGGCGGCUACCAGGUCAUCACGGUGACCUUCUACCCCCGUCCCGAGUCCAACCACUCUCCGAGCCUGACGUUGCUCUACAUCGGCAACGACGACAACCCCAACUACCUCGGACCCGCGCCCUUGGAGGACAUAGCCAACCAGAUCCUGAACUCCACCGGUCCGAGUGGGAGAAACACGGAGUACCUGUUCCAGCUGGCUGAGGCAGUCAGGACUAUCAUGCCCGAGGACCCAGACAGACAUCUGUUUUCCCUUGAAGCAAUAGUGCGGGAACGGCUACAAAAGCACCAACAAUCACCAGCCAUAGAAUGUCAAGAUUAAAUAAAACGCGUUGUAGCAGGUAUUUAUUGAGAAGACCACUUUUGUCAAAUGCUGAUGGGGCUGAGAUGUAGGAAAUGAAUCAGGUUUUGUUUUUGAAACAAAUGUUCAUCUCAAAAGGAUUGUACUAUGGUGAAAUUGAAUGUUUUGAUUUUAAUUUAUAAUUGAAAACACAUUUCACAAGUAAUAAUGGGUUUUGCUGCAUGUUUACAAGACAUUACCAACUCAUGGCUCACAAUAUAUGUUCUUAAUAAAAGCAAAGAAACUAAGAAUGGGCUUUUAUUGAUUAUGUCUUUAAUGUUAAGUAUCGAUCAUUGUUACUUGAUCCCUUUCUACGUAAAAUGUUGUAGAAUUGUAAGUAAAACUCUUCAAAAUGAAA